UGUGGCGGCGGGCUCGCGCUGCUGAGACAGGCAGAGAACUGAGGACCGGCGGCGCGCGCUCACAGACUCACACUCAGCCACACACACAUACACACUCCCCAAACAAAGAGAAGCACGCGAGGCAGCACAGCAUCCCACCCUUUCAGCCGCGAGCUUGCAGAACCGCCCCCCCCCUAAAAUCCCUCUUAUACAGAACCGGUCCGGUCCGAGGCUCGAGCGCACAGAACCGACGAUGACAACUAACGGCGCGACUAACGGAACCAGCGACAUGCUGCAGAUCCAGUUCGGUCUGAUCAACUGCGGGAACAAAUACCUGACGGCGGAGACCUUCGGCUUCAAAAUCAACGCAUCCGCCACGAGCAUGAAGAAGAAGCAGAUCUGGACUCUGGAGCAGAGCGGCGACGACUCCAGCGGGAACGUGUUCCACCUCAAGUCACAUCUGGGCCGGUACAUCGCCGCCGACAAGGACGGGAACGUUACCGGAGACAGCGAGACCCCGGGUCCCGAGUGCCGGUUCAUCAUCACCGCCCAUGAUGACGGCCGCUGGUCCCUGCAGUCCGAACCGCACGGGCGCUACCUGGGCGGCACCGAGGACCGGAUCAUCUGCUUCGCCCAGACCGCCUCGGUGGCGGAGAAAUGGAGCGUGCACAUCGCCAUGCACCCUCAGGUGAACAUCUUCAGCCUGACGCGCAAGCGGUACGCGCACCUGAGCACCAAGGUGGACGAGAUUGCCAUUGACCGGGACGUCCCGUGGGGGGUGGACUCCAUGAUCACGCUGGUGUUCCGCGAGCAGCGCUACCACCUGCAGACCUCCGACAACCGCUUCCUGAGGAACGACGGCGCGCUGGUCGCCACCACGGACAAGAACACGGGCUACACGCUGGAGUUCCGCUCCGGCAAGGUGGCCUUCAGGGACUGUAGCGGCAGGUACCUCGCGCCCUCCGGGCCCUCCGGUACCAUGAAGUCCGGCAAGAGCGCGCGCGUGGGCAAGGACGAGCUGUUCGUGCUGGAGCAGAGCCACCCGCAGGUCGUGCUCACCGCUGCCAACGAGAGGAACGUCUCCACCCGGCAAGGCAUGGACCUUUCAGCCAAUCAGGAUGAGGAAGGCGACCAGGAGGUGUUCCAGGUGGAGAUUUGCCGUGAAAACAGGAAGUGUGCGUUCCGGACCGCUGCUGGGAAAUACUGGACCCUCACCGCUAAUGGCGGCCUGCAAUGCACCGCCUCCACCAAGUCAGCUAAUUGCUACUUCGACAUUGAGUGGCGUGGGAAGAGGCUGACUCUCCGGGCCGCUAAUGGGAAAUAUGUUGCCGCCAAGAAAAACGGCCAGCUAGCAGCCACCAUCGACUCUGCAGGUGAGACCGAGGAGUUCCUCAUGAAGCUGAUCAACCGCCCGAUCAUCGUGCUGCGUGGGGAGCACGGCUUCAUCGGCUGCAGGAAGGUGACAGGGACGCUGGACUCCAACCGCUCCUCCUACGACUACUUCACUCUGGAGUUCAGAGACGGAGCCUACAGCCUGCAAGACUCGACGGGUAAAUACUGGAUGGUUGGGAACGAGCAGUCGGUGGUGAGCAGCAGCGACACGCCCGUCGACUUCCUCUUCGAGUUCUGCGACUACAACAAGCUGGCCAUCCGCCAUGCCGCCGACAACAAGUACCUCCGCGGGGACCAUGCCGGCGUGCUGAAGGCCAACGCCGACGACCUGGAGACCGCCACGCUCUGGGAGUACUGAGGGAAGCAAGAGGGGAAGAUACCACGGCAACGGGGACGUGCCCGCCCGCUGCCACGAUGCUGAUGAAUGAUUGAAGUGCAGUGAUGUGGCACCACCCGUCCAUACAUCUACCUAUCCACCACCUCCCCUCCCUUUCCCUUCCAUUCCUUAUAUUAUAUCCUCUACUUAUGACUUUAUUUGUUGAUAAACUGCACAGAGAGAACAGGAAGGAUAGAAGAAGGAGGAAGGGAGACACUACUCUCUCGCUCGCUUUCCUGCCACCCUUUCCUUCCUUUUAUCCUUCCUUUCUCCCUUUCCCAGCUCUGCUCUGCAGUGUCGACCUUUAUCUGUUGCCAUAGUUACCGUGGGGCUGUGCACUUUUUCUGCUCCGAUCUGGUUCGCUGCUCGACCUGUCACUCACUCCCUCCUCUCGCCUUACGAUUGGGCCGUCCCUCUCCCAGAGCAGAGCAGAGCCACCUUUAAAGAGCCCCCUCCUCUCUUGAGUUAACCCCCACACCCCCACCCUCGUCUUUCUACCUGUCUCUAUUGUCUGUGUGAGCAGCGCAUGGUGGCAGUAUUUAUGGUGUCUGACCCGGUCUGGUAGAGCCGUUUUCUGCCUGAUCCAAUCUCCCCAAAACACAGACUCAGUCCUGGGUUACAUCCAGCUGCUUCCUGUUAGCUGGAUAUGACAGAUAGAGACAGUGCGUGUGUGUUUUGUACAGAUUGGUUCACGUGGAAACUGAUUUUCAGCUUCUCUCAGACCAGGCAGAGUAUGUUUGUUUUCAUGAGCAGGCCUCGUUGCCUCUAUGUGACGACUAUGUGAUAUAACUGGAGCAGAUCUUAAGAUGAUAAAGAUAUCAAACAUGAUGUAACUGACGGGUUUAACAACUCCCCCCCCCCACCCCCACUUCAUCUCAACUGUAAAAUAUUGAAAUGUAUACCAGUUUCCUGUGUUGUUCUCUAGCUGUGUUCUCUUCGGUUGGCGGGGGGUCCGAUCUCCUGGACCCAAACAGGAUGUAGGAAGUUAAAACACUUAUCCUCCUUGUUCCCCACCUCCACAAGCUAAACCUAUUGUCCCGAGAACAGUAUAAAGAAAAUUUAGAAAAUAAAAUGGUGCGGUCACUUAUGUUUACUGCACUUACAUGUCUUACUGGAAAAAAAAAAAACACUUGCUGACACAGUUGGAUUCAUUUCUUUUUCUAUGUCCAAGGCACAGACAUUAUCAUGGGUAGGAGUACAGUAGGUAGCCAUAGCAACUGGAGUUAAAUGAUUUAUAGACCCUUUUUGAAAGCUGCUUUUUGAAUCCCGCAACCAAACUUAAACCUCAGCCUUUAUCUAGACCAAAUCCUUUGAUACUGGAUUAACAAACUCUCAUCUCACACACAACCAAACAAAACUGGAACCUGGUGCUACUAACUAACUCAUAACAUGAUAAGAAAUGUUACCGUCCUGUCAUCUCGCACACUGUCUGGCCUGACAGAUAGUGAUCUCUGCUGCGUCUCUGACCCUGCACUCGAGAGCCUUGCCAUGUAACCGAAAUGGCUGUGAGCGCGUCCUCAGUAGCCUAAAUCUGCUUUUUUUCCUUUGGUUUAAGUUUCUGUCUGAACUUUGAGCAAGUGUCACGACAGCCUUCACAACAAGAUGUGACCAAAUUUUAUGUUCUUCAAUUGUUUUUGUUGGAUGUUUUAUGUUCCUGACUCGUCAGUGCAGGUGGGGAAGGGAUGAGUUUAAAAAAACAAAAGGAAGCAGACUUUGAAUUUGUCGUCUAUUUAACUGAAAUGUCUGUUAUGCAGUCGUGUAGCACAUUGCACCCACAGGCCCUGCCCUCUUCUUUGAUUCUCUACCCUUCGGCAGCCUGCUUUCUCCAUAACGCAUUAAGCAGCAAUGGGUUUUGUCUGAUUUUUACAAUACAGCAAAGAUUACCUUGGCACACAGCCCUGAAUUAUUGGGCUCUUCCACUCAUCAUCACCGCCGUAAAGCAUUCCUCUGUGGAAAUCUGUACGGAAAACCAAUCAUUGUAGCCCCAUGAAAUGAUACAUGAUUGUAGCCGGCUCUAAACCAAGUCCGUCCACUUUCCUUUCUCAAGUUUUGACCAUUUUUGCAUGAAGGGCUGAGAAUCUCAAGCGAAUAAAAGGAGUGGUUAUCCUCUGAGAAACCAGCGUCUCCAAGGUAACCAAGACCAAGGCUUAGACAAACGGAUGUGGAAGGGUAAACAUGUGGUAAUGACUGUGCCUUACUCUUGAGUUUUUGGGCAGUAGGAAAAAAAAAAAAAGAUUUAAAAAAGGAAAAAAAAGAAUUAAAGUCCACAUCUUUGCUUUGUAUAACUGGAACUUCCUUUUGUAUUAUUAUUUUGUAUAAUUUUUUCAAUAUUGUGGAUUAAUCUCUCUCGUGCCAUUGGUUCACCUGAAAUCCAACGACCAAUAAAACUGGGAUUUGGAACGCUA